AUGUCGUCCGUCAUGAAGAAAACCACCACCCUAGUCCGAAAGGCCACAAACUCAUUUCGCCGAACCAUAUCCGACUUGACAAGCAAGAAGGAGAAGAAGGAGAAGCAGCCCAAGUGCCCAGUCUGCGAGGCUCCAUUCGAUGGCCAAGUAUGCGAGAACUGCGGUUCUCGCGUCACUACCCUUCGAGACCUACGACGCCGGCCCUCUCAAGAGACCAAACCCUCAAGGUCUGGCGCCAGCGAUUCUCCGUUACUUGAACGAGAGGCAGUGAAGGACAAGGACGAAGCAUCUCAACGAGAGCCUCCUCCUCCACCUCCUCCACCUCCUCCACGCAGAUCGAACGCCAAAGGUAAGGAGAAGCAAGACGCCCCAGCGGAACGCCUAUCCUCGUCCUCAUCCUUGGAGUAG